ACCCACAGUCGCCUAAUUUUUAUGGCGUCUGGGUUUCUCGGUUCUCGAUCUCAUCGAGCUGCACCUGCCACCUGAAUCCGGACGAUUUUUGCGACUCCUUCGAGCCCUAGCUCCGGCGACUCCACUCGUUCUCUCGGACGUCGACACCUCCAAGAGUUAUAUCUGCUGGCCAUGCGACUCUGGUUCUCUGCGAUAUCCCUCUCGAGAGAGGACUCUUUUGGUUUCGCUCAAGUUUCUGCCCGCUUUCAGGUUUAUUCUUUGAGAUUUAGAAAUGUCAAACGAUUCUCAUGCUCCUAGUUCCAGGGGCCUUCUCUGCAACGCCGGUGCCGGCGCUGCUGCAGGUGUUAUUGCUGCAACGUUUGUGUGUCCUUUAGAUGUCAUAAAGACUAGAUUUCAGGUUCAUGGGUUGCCAAAGCUCAAUAAUGGAGGUGUAAAAGGUAGCCUUAUAGUGGGUAGCUUGGAACAAAUAUUUCGCAAAGAAGGCCUGCGUGGGAUGUAUCGCGGGCUAGCUCCCACUGUGCUGGCAUUACUUCCUAACUGGGCAGUUUAUUUUACAAUGUAUGAGCAGCUGAAAAGCCUUCUUUGUUCUGAUGAUGGGAAUCAUAAUCUGUCAGUUGGUGCUAACAUGAUGGCUGCUGGUGGUGCUGGAGCUGCAACAACAAUUGCCACAAAUCCUCUUUGGGUUGUGAAGACAAGACUUCAAACCCAAGGAAUGAGAGCAGGAGUGGUGCCUUAUAGAAGCACACUAUCUGCUCUGAGGAGAAUAGCUCAUGAGGAGGGUUUCCGUGGCCUAUACAGUGGUCUUGUGCCUGCAUUGGCUGGUAUCAGUCAUGUUUGCAUUCAGUUCCCAACAUACGAGAAGAUCAAAUUGUAUUUAGCUGAUAAAGGUAAUACUAGCAUGGAUAAACCUAGUGCACGUGAUGUUGCUGUUGCCUCUUCAGUUUCCAAAAUUUUUGCAUCUACAUUGACUUACCCACAUGAGGUGGUACGCUCAAGGCUGCAAGAGCAGGGUCACCACUCUGAGAAGCGUUACUCUGGUGUAGUUGAUUGCGUCAGGAAGGUAUUUCAGGAAGAAGGCAUUGCAGGUUUCUAUCGUGGGUGCGCAACCAACCUUUUUAGGACUACACCUGCUGCUGUUAUAACAUUCACCAGCUUUGAGAUGAUUCAUCAAUUUCUUCUCACUCUUUUCCCUUCCGAUCAGCAGCCUCACACAUUGUGAGGAUCACUUGAAAUGAGGAUCUUUCUUGCAAGAUUACUGUAAAAGGAGGAUCUAGCAGCCACAUCGCCUAGCAUCAGGAACUAAAUCAGCCUGUGAGAGAUGAAUGCUAGAGUAGAGACAGCUUCAAAAUUGGCUGUAUUUUGUUGUUCUGAUAGGCUUUUCGUAGCAUUCGAGGGAUCAUAGAGUUCACAGUCCUCAUCAAACUCUCUACUAUGAAAGCUCUUAGGAAGAUGUGAUAAUAUUAUACUGACAGUGAUAAUGACGAAAGUGGGACACAAAAAUUUGAAUGAUUACAUUCUUUUUUGAGGGAUUGCUUGCUGAAUAAUGGAAGCUUUUAAUUCUUGUUUGCCAUGAAGUCUUUCCUGCAUCCGACAUUUAACAUAACAUCUGUCAAUAUUAUGUGGUUGCGCUGACCAACUCGUGCAACUGCAAGGCAGAUGCUAUGUUGGGAAUCUUGGAAGAGUUUGUUAGGGCAGAGAUGUCUGAUGGAACAUCGUACUUGUAAUCUGUUAGGAGAUCACGAUGAAACCAAGACAUUUGUGAUUGCACGAGCUGGGAUUUUGCCGGCAAGAUUACUUCUGAAUUGGGGACAGUAAUGCAGUUGUUGAAACUAAGACAUGUUUUGAUGUUUCCUCACCUUUACCUUUAGUUGGUGGUGGUCUCAAUCAGGCAACCAUGCUCAACAAUUGUCCAAAUCACUUAGAAAAGGUGUUGUGCUUGUGCCAUCCAUUUUUGGGCAAACCAAAGGCAAAUCCUAGGGACAGAUGUUGGAGAACC